AUAAUUCUAUCUUGUUUCUUUGCAACGAUAAUAUUAAUUCAAAAUUAAAGUACAGAAUAAAAAGAAGAUAUUGAAAUGAAAUUAUUAUCUUUGUUUGCUGUUGUGUGCUUCUUGUACCAAUGUGCAAGCGACCCAGGUGACGGAUUGGUAUUCACGCACAUUCUCUUUAGACAUGGUGAGCGGAACAUCCUUACGCCAUAUGGUCCAAAUGAUCCUUUUGCUGACGUCAAGACAUAUUGGCCUGAAGGUUACGGUCAAUUAACAUCCGAAGGUAGAAGACAGCAAUAUGAAUUGGGCGAAUAUCUUGCGAAAAGAUAUAAAAACCUAAUUGGAGAAAAUGGUUAUCACAAAAAUAACAUUUAUGUACGAAGUACAGAUGUAGAUCGAACCUUGAUGUCGGCAGCUCAUACAUUAGCUGGCAUGUUUCCGCCACUCGGAAAACAGGCUUGGAAUAAAGACCUCGGUCGCAAAUGGCAAGCAAUACCAAUUCACACUGUGCCGGAGGUCGACGAUUAUGUUUUAUAUACGAUAAGACCGUGUCCCAAGUAUAAAACAUCUUAUAAAGCAAUCUUUGAUACACCCGAAGUAGAAGCAGUUGACAGAGAGCAUGCUGGACUUUUUAAAGAAUUGACCAAAUUUACGGGGAAUCCAAUCACAAAAAUGAGUCAAAUUCAUCUUCUUUAUCAGACACUUGAGAUAGAAAAAUCGAAAGGAUUGAAUAUUUCGCAAUGGGCAAAAAAUUUGGUGUACAAGGGAUCUGCCAUGGAAAAAUUAAUUAAUCGUAAAUUUGGUUUCUAUGCAAAAACCAAAGAGAUGGCCAAAAUGAGACCUGGUUACCUGCUCAAAGAAAUCCUGGAACGCUUCAGUAAAAAGGCAAAUAAGACAUUGGAUCCAGAUCGUUCAAUGUAUAUAUACAGUGCCCACGAUACGACCAUUGCACACGUUUUGAAUGCACUUAAUUUAUACAGUAAAAUUUGGGAGCCACACAGCCCACCCUAUUCAGCAUGUGUAUUUUUUGAACUUCAUCGCAAUAAAGGAAAAUAUCACAUCGAAAUCUAUUACAAGAGUGAACAGGGAAGAGAUAAAAAACCACUUCAACCUCUUAAACUUCUUUGUGGUACAAAGUGCCCAUUGGACGAAUUUUAUAGAUUGUACAGUGAUAUUAUUCCCACUCGGGAUUAUGAUAUUGAAUGCAAACUAAAUUAGGAGUACUCCAUGAAGAAUUCAACAAUGAUUAAAUGAAUGAUCAUAGUCUUACUUUAUCAUCAUGAAAACUGUAUAGAAUUUAAAACCUUUAUUUUUGAAAGCCUCAACUCCUGACGCAAAAGAGCUUAAUUUUAUACGUUUGAAAUAUCGGUUUGAAUAAAAUUUGCUUGGACGAUUAUAACACUUUCA